AUGAUCUUCGGCUCGCGCUUCUAUGGCCUCCGUGGCACGAAGCUCAAUGUAGCCGUCGGCGUCAUCGCCGGCCUCGACUUCCUCCUCUUCGGCUACGACCAGGGUGUCAUGGGAGGACUGCUCACCCUUGGCUCCUUCCUAACCACCUUCCCCGAGAUCGACGUGAACGCUGGAACCACGACCGCGGAGAAGAACCACAUUUCGACCAUCCAGGGAAUCUCGGUGGCAUCGUACAAUGUCGGCUGUUUUUGCGGCGCCGUUGCUUGCAUCUGGGUCGGCAACAUGAUGGGCAGAAGAUGGACCAUCUUCGUCGGCUCCGCGAUCAUGGUUGUCGGCGCUGCUCUCCAGUGCUCUGCCUUUGGCCUUGCCCACUUCAUUGUCGGACGCGUCAUCACCGGAAUCGGCAACGGCCUGAAUACAUCCACUGUCCCCACAUGGCAAUCCGAAACUAGCAAAUCCCAUCGUCGCGGCCAACUUGUGAUGAUUGAGGGCGCUCUGAUAACCGGCGGGAUAUGCAUAUCUUACUGGCUGGAUUUCGGCUUCUCCUACCUGGAGCCAAGCACCAUCAGCUGGCGCUUCCCCAUCGGCUUCCAGAUUUUCUUUGCCCUCGUCAUUCUUGUCUUCAUCCUCGGCCUCCCCGAGUCUCCACGCUGGCUCAUUCUCAAGGGCCGCGAAGAGGAGGCCAUGGAAGUCCUCUGCGCUCUCAACGACACCGGCGAGGAUGACCAUUACAUCCAAAGUGAGUUCCUUGCCAUCAAGGACACCGUCCUCGAGAUGGCCAAGGGCAGUUUCUCCGACCUCUUCACAAGGGGCAGAGACCGCCACCUGCACCGCACCGUCCUGGCCUACGUCAAUCAAAUGUUUCAGCAAAUCAGCGGCAUUAAUUUAAUCACCUACUAUGCCGCUAACAUCUACGAGAAUUACGUGGGAUUGAGCCCAUUCAUCUCGCGUAUCUUGGCCGCGUGCAACGGAACCGAGUACUUCCUGAUCUCCUGGGUCCCUGUCUUCAUUAUUGAGAAGUUUGGACGCCGCUCGCUCAUGCUGUUCGGCGCCGUGGGCAUGUCCGUGUCCAUGAUCAUCCUCGCGGCCGCAAACUCGAUCAACGAGGGCAAGAGCGCCGAGGACCGCAACACCGCCGCUGGCAUCGUGGCAGCCGCCUUCCUCUUCGUCUUCAACUCGUUCUUCGCCGUUGGCUGGCUGGGCAUGACUUGGCUAUAUCCUGCCGAAAUCGUGCCCCUUCGCAUUCGUGCUCCAGCCAACGCCCUGGCCACCAGCGCCAACUGGGCCUUCAAUUUCAUGGUCGUCAUGAUCACUCCUGUCGCCUUCUCAUCCAUCGGCUACCAGACCUACAUCAUUUUCGCUGUCAUCAACGCCUUCAUCGUCCCCGUCACCUACUUCUUCUACCCGGAGACGGCGUACCGCUCGCUCGAAGAGAUGGACACAAUUUUCCACAAAACGACGUCCAUCUUCGACGUUGUCAAGGUCGCUCGCGAGCUGCCCCGCCGCUACGGCAAGAACGGCGAGCUGCUCAUCGACUACAACGACACCGAGGAGGCCGCCGCCUACAGCGAGACGCGCAGGCGGUCGAGCACCGCCGGUGCCGCCGGCGCUGCGGCCGGCAGCGGGGCCCAUCACGGCAGCGGUGCAGGCUUUGGCAUCUCGAACGUCGGUGAUAAGGUGAGGACGAGGAAUGUUGAGAAUGUGGACGCGCCGAGCAAUGGGGGCGGGGAGUCCUCGGUGGAUGAGAAGGGGAUCGAGAAAUGA